UAUUUAGUUGAUAGAAACAAGUGAACCAUGAUCCAACUAACUUCUUUGGUGUUGAUGCUAUUAAUAGCGUUUUCAAAAGUAGAUUCAAACUCAGCAUUGAUCUGCUAUGAGUGUUCUCAACCUAAAGGGUUAGGGCUAGCUUGUGAGACGAACGUAGAAUCUGUAACACAAACAACGUGUGCAACAGACCUUAGUUGCGUCAAAUACGUUUGGACAAAUGCGGGAUCUUCGGUCAUUCACAGACAUUGUACAUCUCUUACAUGCGUGCAACUGGGACAAAAUUCAACUCAGUUCAACACUUUAGAAUCCUGCGAGACAUGCUACACCGAUCUCUGUAACAAGGCCUCUCCUACUAAAAUGUCUUUAAUGUUAAUACCAUUAAUGUAUACAUUAUUUAGGUUUUUGUAGGGAUAACUAUUAUAACCAUUUAGUACCGACAAUGAUUUUUGUACAAUAAAAAUUAUGUUUUUAGUA